UCAUAACGUGUUAUGAUGGUGUACAGUUAUCUCACUAUUUAAAAAAUAAUUUAAAUUUUUAUUUUUAUUUUUUAUUUUUAUGUUGUGGUGGUAGUUAUGGUGGUAUAAGUUUUAUUAUAUAUAAACCAUAUCUAUAUGUAUAAAAGAGAUGAAGAGGAGGUUGGUUUGAUCCAUUAAAUUUAAUUAUGAUGUUAAAUUUGUAAUUUUAUAAUUUAAAUAGAGUUGUUAAUAAGUCAAAAAGUUAAAAGGUAAUUUUACAUAAUUUUAGAGGUUUGAAAGUGAUGUCAAUGAACAUUUUUGAAACUUAAAAGAAGUGUCAAUGUAAAAUAAAUUAUUGACUAUCCUUUAAGUGGUCUUCAACAAAAUCUUAAAGGGCGUGUCGGUUCAAUUUAUCCCGAAAAAAAAAAAAAACAAAAAAAAAAACACAUGACGCGAGUAAGUGACGCACAUUAUUCCAAGAAAAAUACAAUCAAGAGGUUGAUUUUCAACUUCCUUCCAAUUAUAGUACAGGGAGAGCUGAGAAUCCUGUUGUAACAUGGCAUUACCUAGAAUCAGCAAAACGCAUUUUCUAUUGAAAUCAAUGAAACCCUGUCAUCAGAUUCAGCUCUGCUCUUGCUUCCACACACCCAACUCACCAUUUCGUCGACUCAUUUGCGGUACCCAAACGCAUCACUACCGAUCUUCUUCUUCUUCUUCUUCUUCUUCUUAUUCAGAUGAUUCUAAGAUCGCUGAUGGUCUCAUUUCCAUCUUCACCGAGACAAGACCCUUUAGCGCAGAUACCCAAGAACUGAGGGACUAUGGAAUAAAACUCACUACCAAAAUUGUUGAAUCUGUGUUGGCAGGUAUAAAGAGUUGGGAAAUAGCUCACAUGUUCUUUAAUUGGGCUUCAAAUCAAUGUGGGUAUAAGCAUAAUUGUUAUACUUACAAUGUCAUGGCUUCCAUCCUAUCACAUGCUCGUCAAAAUGCCCUACUGAAGGUUUUAGCCUCAGAUAUAGUGAAUUCUCAUUGUUUCUUCACCCCCGGGGCAUUGGGAUUCUUUAUUAGGUGUUUGGGUCGUCAAGGCUUGAUUCAAGAAGCCAAUGUGCUCUUUGAUCAAGUCAAAAGGACGGGUCUUUGCAUUCCAAAUAAUUAUACCUAUAACUGUCUGUUGGAGGCUAUCUCUAAGUCUGGGUAUGUUGAUUUAAUUGAGAUGAGGUUGAAAGAGAUGCGUAGUAAUUCAGGGUGGGUACUCGAUAAGUACACAUUGACACCGCUCUUGCAGUGUUACUGCAAUGCCGGCAAGUCUGAUAAAGCUUUGCAAGUAUUCAAUCAGUUGCGCGAGAAGGGUUUGCUCGAUUCUCAUGUUUUGUCUAUCUUGGUGCUCUCUUUCACCAAGUGGGGUAAGGUGGAUAAGGCUUUUGAGUUGAUUCGGAAGAUGGAAGAUCUCAAUAUUUACUUGAACCAAAAGACAUUUUGUGUUUUAAUACAUGGGUUUGUAAGGGAGUCCAGGGUCGAUAAGGCCCUCCAGUUGUUUGAUAAAAUGCGCAAGUGUGGUUUCACUCCAGACAUUUCACUUUUUGACGUGCUGAUUGGAGGGUUCUGCAAGAACAAAGAGCUUCAAAAAGCUUUAUUUUUGUACACAGAGAUGGUAUACCAGGGAAUCCAUCCUGAUAUUGAAAUGCUUACAAAGCUUGUAUCAUCAUUAAUCAAGUAUCGGCCCAAGGGUCUGGACCCGAAAACUAUGACUUUGCUGUAUAAUUCUGUUUUGAAUGGUCUUAUUAAUAAUGGGUUCAUUGAUAAAGCAUGUCAUCUGCUACAGGCAAUGAGUGGGGAUAGAUUUAUUGCUGAUUCUGAUGUGGACAAGCUCUUCAUGGUUAAGGAAUUUGCUAGUCCAGAUACCAAUUCUUUCAGAAUAGUCAUUGAUGCAUUGUGCAGGACUGGUAAGUUGGAUGUAGCCCUAGGACUCUUCCGAGAUAUGGAUCAAAUUGGUUGUAGAAAAAGUCUGUUACUUUAUAAUAAUUUAAUUGAUGGUUUGAGCAAUUCAAAUAGAGUAGAGGAAUGCUAUGAACUUCUAAAAGAGAUGAAGGAGUUGGGAUUUAGGCCAACACCUUUUACCCAUAACUCCAUAUUUUGGUGCACUUGUAGAAGAGAGGAUGUUAUAGGAGCCCUUGAUGUGGUAAGGGAGAUGCGUGCUCAUGGGCAUGAACCAUGGAUAAAGCAUUCUACAUUGCUUGUUAAGAAGCUAUGCAAACAUGGGAGGGCAGUUGAAGCUUUUGACUUUCUUGCUGGUAUGGUUCAAGAAGGUUUCCUCCCUGACAUAAUUGCUUAUACUGCAGCUCUUGAUGGGUUUUUCAAGAUCCACAAAGUGGAUCGAGCUUUAGAGCUAUUCCGAGACAUUUGUGCUCGUGGGUAUUGUCCUGAUGUAGUUGCUUAUAACACUCUAAUAAAUGGACUUUGUAAGGUCAAAAGAAUAUCUGAAGCCCAGGACUUUUUGACUGAUAUGCUGGAGAAGGGGCUUGUUCCCUCAGUUGUUACCUACAAUAUACUCAUUGAUGGAUGGUGCAAAACUGGUGAUAUUGACAAUGCCAUUCUUUGUCUUUCAAGGAUGGUUAAGGAAGAACGGAAGCCUAAUGUCAUCACUUAUGCAACUUUAAUAGAUGGUUUAUGCAAUGCUGGAAGGCCAAAUGAUGCUCUCAAGCAUUGGAAUGAAAUGGAGAGAAAGUGUUGUUCUCCAAACAGAAUUGCCUUUAUGGCUCUAAUUUGUGGCCUUUGCAAGUGUGGGAAGCCAGGUACAGCUCUAGUAUACUUGCAGAAGAUGGAAGGCAAGGAGAUGACACCCGACACUAUUGUCUAUGUUGCAUUGAUAAAUGCCUUCCUGUCUAACUUAAAUGCACCCUUGGCUUUUGAGUUAUUGAGAAAGAUGGUUCACAAUGGAACUUUUCCGGACUCGGUUGAUAAGAACCAUUUAAUUCUAAAAGAUGCAAUACUUAAACUAUCUGAAGAUGCCAGGACUAAAACGAAUGUUAAGAAUCUUAUUGCAGAGAGCAGUAUUUUGAAAAAUCUUUGUAUUUCAGAUGUUGGAAGUGAAGAUGGACUUGAGCCCAUAGCCUAAUCAAGGGGUCCUUUCUGUCAGCUAGUCACGUCAGAGGCUGGGGUAAUUUCAGAAUGUCUUCAUCUUCUAUGUGAAGCCAUUCGAAUCAAGUCCUCCAUUCAGUCCAAUACUCCAUCUGCCUUCUGCCAGGGGGUUCAAGGGGGAUGUAAUUUCCUACUUUGUUAUUCUCAAUUGAAAAUCAAGGGGUGGAUUCAUUCUCUUAUUCUGGAAAACUUCUUGUGAUUUUUUAAAGGGGGCAUAGAAAUACGGAAUGUCAGUUUAACCAUCUAUCAAGGCCAUAUAUUCAAGUUCUUUGCAACUCUUUUUUUUCUGUCUGCUUCAAUUAUGACUGUGGCUCAUGUGGGAGGAAGUGGAAAAUCAACUGCUAUUUCCUUGCUACAGAGGUAUUAUGAACUAUACAGUGUUCAGAUCAUACUAGAUGGAUUUGAAAUUCAGAAGUUUAAAAUCAGGUGGUUGAGGCAGCUAAUGGCAGUAGUGGCUCAGGGAACCAGUGUUGUCAGUGAUGCAUUCGAUGUCAACAUUACCGAUGGAUUGGAGAAUGCUCAUCAGUUUGCAAGUAGAUUACCACAGGUUUGCUUCUUCCCAUGGUCUAUGGCAGUGUAGCGAACACAGAUAUAAUAGGAACUGAGGCAGAAGGGGAAGAUGAAGAUGGCGAAAAGAAACCCAAGGCAAAGAAAGUGAAGGAAACAACUUACGAGUGGGAGCUUUAGAAUGAUGUGAAACCUAUAUGGCUAAGGAUCACACAGAAUACCACUCUCUUGCCAUGGACUUCAGUUACAAGAACGCUCUUUUGCAUGGAGUCAGUUUACUACUAGGGCUCCUCGUGAUUUGUAUGAGAGUUACUAUAACAUGAAAAAUCCAACCUGAAGUUAUAUGAUAGACGGUCAUUACAAGAAAAAUACCAUUCCUAUUCCUCCCAAAUUGGCACACAUUGAUCCAUCAACCAAAAUGCACUCGAAACCAUGGGCGUAGCCCUUUGUGGGCUAACCUGGGCUGCAACCCAGGUCAAAAAAAAUUUUUUUUUUUACUACUACUACUUCCUACCAGCUGUAGCCCAACCUAAGUUGCCCAAUCCAUGGUAAAUGGCCCAGCCGGGCCAGCCCACUAGCCCAGCAAACCAAAACUAAUCCUAGAAGAAGACCUAAGUACCUAACUAUUCAAGGCAAAUACAGAUUCUGGAAACAUAUACACGCUCAGCCGAGACUCUUUAUUGGGUAUUUGGGUGGAAUGAAACACCAGUAUAGAGGAUGAUGUUGAAG